CGGUGUAUAUAAGGCGAGGGGCUGGCGCCGCUCUUUUGUCUCUUGCUGCAGCGACUGAGCGGAUCGCCAGGACCCGGGCUCGGAGCAGGAACUCGAGGGUGUAAGAAAAUGGCAGACAAACCGGACAUGGGAGAGAUCGCCAGCUUCGAUAAGGCCAAGCUGAAGAAGACCGAGACGCAGGAGAAGAACACCCUGCCGACCAAAGAGACCAUCGAGCAGGAGAAACGGAGCGAGAUUUCCUAAGAGUCUGGGAGGAUUCCCCCUACCCACCCUCCCCCAUCGACUUCGAAGACCCCAAGGCGUGAUGUGGAAGACGAGGCACCUGCAAAAUGGACGCGAGCCACAAGCUGCACUGUGAACCCGGGCACUCCGUGCCGCCGCCACCGGCCUGUGGGUCUCUUAACGAGACCCCCCCAACUAAUCGGACUGCCAAAUUCCUCUGGUUUGCCCUGGGAUAUUAUAGAAAAUUAUUUGUAUGAUGAGUAAAAAUAAAACACACCUCGUGGCA